AGUCACGCGUUUUUUUUUUCUUUGUUAUACAACUAAACCUAACGCUGCUAGCACCAGACUUUUCUUUUCCCUUCUGUCGUGUGAACCGCAACAUACACGCUGCUCGCGCUCUCCCAUCUGGAUCGCUGCGUAUUUUCUUGCUUCCUCCUUUCCAGCUACCUCUGCGUUGUUGGUCGCAUCUUUUGUCGUUGCUGCUUCGCCUUUCCGAUUACAACACCUUGUGCAUCACGCAAAGAUGUCUGGCGACCGCGAGCUCAGUGAGUCGGAGAAGACGAUUGAGCGCUACAAGGUAAAGAAGCUCAUCCAGAAGUUGGAGUCGGCGCGCGGUAUGGGCACGAGUGUGAUCAGCGUAUAUAUGACACCGAAGGAGUCCAUCUCCGGUAUGGUGGCCAAGCUGAACACGGAGUACGGCACCGCGUCGAACAUUAAGUCCCACACAAACAAACUGAGUGUGCAGAGCGCGAUUACGGCAGCGCUGGGUCGUCUCAAGAUUAUUCCGCGGGUCCCGGCAAAUGGUCUGCUGCUCUACUCCGGUACGGUGCUCACCGAGGACAACAAAGAGAAGAAGGUGACGAUGGACUUCGAGCCCUUCAAGGCGGUCAGCCGCUCCCUCUACCUGUGCGACAACAAAUUUCACACAGAGGAGCUGCACCGCAUGCUAGAGUCGGAUGACAAGUUCGGCUUCAUCAUCAUGGACGGUAGCGGCUCGACCUUCGCGACGGUCUGCGGUGACGUGAAGGAGAAGCUCGGCUCCUUCACGGUGGAGCUGCCGAAGAAGCACGGCCGUGGUGGUCAGAGUAAGAACCGUUUCGGCCGUAUCCGCAUGGAGCGGCGUCACAACUACGUGCGCAAGGUGGCGGAGGCCGCCGUGAGCUACUUCAUCACCAAUGACCGCCCGAACGUGCGUGGUCUGGUGCUGGCCGGGUCCGCCGACUUUAAGGAGGUGCUCUUUCUGUCCGACCUCUUCGACCCUCGCCUGAAGGAGGUGGUAGUGAAGAUUGUGGACGUGGCACACCCCGGCGAUGUUGGGCUGAACCAGGCCAUCGACCUCUCCGCGGACGCCCUCUCCGGCGUGAAGCUGGUGCAAGAGAAGAAGCUGCUGCAGACCUUCUUCGACCAGAUCGCCAUGGACACCCAGCAGUACUGCUUCGGCGUGAACGACUCGAUGCGCUGCCUCGAGGCGGGUGCGGUCGAGACGCUCAUCUGCUUCGAGGACUUAGCCGUGAACCGCUACGUCGUUACAAAGAGCAAGGGCAACGAGGAUGAGACGCAGGAGGUGCACCUGCUCACGGAGGCGGAGGCGGAGAAGAAGAACAUUCACGUCCACGAAGCUGGCAAGACGCAGAACGAGAUCGAAUCGGAGAACUUCGUGGAGUGGCUGACGCUGAACUACCAAAAGUUCGGCUGCACGCUGGAGCUAAUCAGCGACCGCAGUCAGGAAGGCACGCAGCUCGUCCGCGGCUUCGGUGGCAUAGGUGGCAUUCUACGCUACAAGAUGGACGUGAUGGCGCUGCGCGAUCACGACAAGCACGUGGACGAGGCGGAGAAGGUCAAGGAGAACAACGAAGACUUUGACUUCGAUGACGACUUUAUGUAA